AUGUUAAUAGCAUGGUCAAAACCUGGCGAUGCUCAGCAUUCUUCUCCUACUUCAAGACGACCCGGAUCUCAACAAAAUUCUUCUAACGGACAGUCAUUCGGACCUCAAUCUCAACCAAAUUACUCUAGUGGGCAAUCAUUUGGACCUCAAGUUCAACCUAAUUCUCCUGAGCAAUCAUUUGGACCCACAAUUCAACUAAAUCCUUCUAGUGGGCAGUCAUUUGGACCAAAAUUUCCGGUACCAACCCCAAACCCUCAGUCAUCAGGCCCUUCAACAUUUCCAGGAUCAUUUGACAUAAAUUCAUUUAAUAGACCACAAUCUCCCUCAACAUCAAGACCACAGUCACCAGAUGUAACCAAAUUCAAUCAAUUUUCUUCUUACGAAGAACCUUUUGGAUCCCAAUUUCGAAAAUGUCCUAGAUCUGAUAUAAUGAGAAAAUGGGUAAUCAGAGUUUUAAAUGUUAUUUGA